AUGAAGAGGAGACCGGGAAUUAAGCUGGAAACUCCCAAUGAUAUAGACUCAAAUACUUGGGAUGAGCUAUGUGUUUCAUUAUAUCCAUCAUGGUGUAAGCAAAGUCGUGGGAUUAUUUUGGCAAAAAAAAAUCACGAAACUUUGGAGUGGGAUGUAAAAACAUCGUUACAUCCAAAUGUAGACAAAUUUAUUUUCGAGGAAAUUCAGGAUUUUUUUGAUCAAAAUAAUGAAGAUAAUAAAAAACAGCUAAAUAUUGACCUGUGGGGAAAGCAGUUUAACAUGAGAAAUACAGAACCUGAUGUUAAAGCUUCCGAAGUUAUAUGGCUAGUAGAUAGUUUAAAUAGUUUUGGACUAGCAAUAACUUUGGUUGAAGAUUUAAGUGCAAUAUUUUUUUAUGAGGUAAAAAAUGAAGGGGAAAUUGACAAAGACAAAAUAUUGAGUUUUGUUAAAUUAAUAGUAAGAAUGACAUAA